AAUGGAGACAAGGGAUAAAUCUGGGGGACAGCGCUUGCUUGUGACAGAUGCCUUGCUUCAAUCUUUCAUUAAUUGCGCCUCAGCCUCUUCCAUCUUCUGCACCUAGGGAUCCAUGAAUCCAUCACUUCUUCCGGUCUUCUCCUCGAAUCCUCUGUGACGGGCCCCUGCUGGACACCAAUUGCGACCCGUCCGGCUGAUGAGUUGCGCUCAACCUUGCCUUGACUGCGAUUUGGUUUCUCCCAACCCAGCCUGAUGCCGCCUGCAAACUCGCCCUCUGACACUCGCCCCUCGACUCCUCCUCCCAAUCCCUACUUGCGACAACUCGAAGAAGCCAUUGCCACUCCUGUGCCGGACCUUGCAUCCACCUUGAAUCUCAACUCGACCGAUCCAAAUUCACAGAACGACCAAUGGGCAGAUCGCCCACCUGUUCAGGCAAACGAGGCCGACGGUUUUGUCACACAACGAGCUGGCCCUGUCCUGGUCGAUCUCACAGGAGCAGAAUUUCAAGAGUGGGCUACUGAGAGUCAGGUGCCGGCUACGAUACCGACUCAAAGGGAUGAAGUGGCAGGCGUGGAACGAGAUAACAACCGCCCAAGUGUUGUCUCGACUUCCGAUCCCAUCAUGGAUGUUUUUAUAUCUGCCCGGGACCGUCUAAUUCUCUCGGGCGCCAUGCCACCGUUACCCCACUCCUCCGACGAUAGCGAUGCAGAUAUGGAACCUCUGAGGAUGGCGACGGCUCGUAGCUCCAGCGCUGGUACAAGGGGCUACUCUCUGCACCUCCACGACGAUGUUCUGGUGCACCAGGGACCAAGUCGUGGUACCCAAAGGCUUCCCAGGAGCUCCGACAUGGGAGCGGUGCCCACAGCUAGUGCCCUUCGAGCCCUCUGGGGAGAAGACGUAGAUGAUGAGUUGACUGUCACAUUACCUCCGCUCUCGGGCUAUUUUCCGGGCAAUCGAAGAGAGCCUUCGCAAAACAGCCGGGAGCCUACUGGACCUCGAUCUGGGGCGUCAAUCAGUCCGAAACGAUCCGAUGCAUUCAAGCGGGUGAGGAAGCUGAUUCGCUAUCUCUCCCAGUUGAGGCAUACUGGCAUAGAAGGUGGUCUCGAGGCAGCCAGAGAACUCGGGCUCGACUCCUUGUAUGCGUCGGACGACUCCAAUACCCCCAGUGACCUUCCCAUGCACAUUAACAGUCUUCCUGUCCCGCAGUACAGUUCUUGGUUACAAGUCGGAAUGGUUUGGCAUGGCCUGCAGUCUACUGACCGCGAACCGGUCCGCAGCGCUCCUGUCUCGGCUGCAAAUCUUCGGCGCGAAAGGCAGCGCCAGCUGAUCCGCAGAACCAUAGCUCGACAGAGGGAAAUGUCUCGCGGCCAUACCUUCAACAACGAGGUUGCGGAGUCUAACACUCAGGCUCUGCAGACUGCAGAGAGUUACCUCUCCGACCUGAUUCUGCAGGACAGCAAUGGCCGAUGGGGUUCACCUCAACGUUCGACCACGUCGCUGUCUUCCCAUCCUACGCAGUCCCCUUCUCAAUCUACGGAGCCAGAUCACUGGCCGGUGAAGGUGACCAUUCAUUCCGUCGACUGGGAAGCCAUGACGGUGACUGGGACAAUGUCCGCCAGCCAGAUGCCUGAAAAGCUCUCUUCUUGGCACCAAUCUGGUGUCCCACAGCCAGGCGCAACUAUUGGCACAACAACCAGCAUGUCCAGUUUCUUCGUGGGAGAGAUUAUCGAUUUCCGAAGGCAGCCUUUGGAGACGGAGAAAUUGGGCCGUGACUACGAAGUAGGUGGCCUUGAUGUGGAUGCGCGGUACUGGGAACGUCUGGGGCCUUUCAGAAAAGAGAUUGACCGAAUCCGCCAUCUGCGGGGGAAGCAAAGAAGCGAGUAUCAACAAAGCAGCGCCCUUUGGGACGCGUUCCGGAAAGCGGCUGGUGGGGAAGGCGAGCACAAGGAUGCGCCCGGUCCCUCAGACGCACCCUCGCCUUCGACGGACGAUACUACCGUCGACGACUCGCCCAACAACGUUUCCAAGUCUCCCGAAGACAAGGAAGCGGAGGACGACGAGAUCAUGGCUCGCAGCCUGGGGAGUGCCAAGUGGAUUGAAGAAAAGCUGGGGAAGGAGUGGAUUCUCAUGCGCUGGAAGGAAAGAUGUUUUGUGACACCUCCAGGGGGCGCUACAAAUGCAAGCUCUACGAGGACCAUCUUCACCACGGCUCCCUCAACGACCGGGCGAUCGGCCGGGCGUGGACCUGGUGGAAUCGGCAGUGGAUCUACAUCGUGGGGACUGACCAUUGCGGGCUUUUACUAUAUUGCCCUCAACCGUCUGACGGGGGAGAUUGACGGGCUGUACUACGACCCUGGCUCUCAACCCUACCAGACCAUCAAGAUGCUACCAGAGGGCACCACGGUGGCGCAACCCCAGCCUUGUGGCUGCGGGGAGGAGGACUGUAAAGAGCCAGUCGGGGUCAAGAAAUGGUUUCCGGCAGUCGAGUUCCGGUGAAUGGAGUUUGGCUAUAGGUUACGACGGAACAGAUGAACCAGGCCAGGAAUUUGGAUUGGGUUUGGUCUGCAAAGGGAAGCAUAUGCACGUUCAGCCUAUAUGAAUUUGAUUUUCUCUCUUGAUACAAAGGAAAGGCUGAGGUCCAAGCACCAAAGGUUCAAGCGAACGCGGGAGUCUGGCUAAUUAAUAGGAUGACGUGCUCGACGCCUGAAGCGCCGCUCAGCUCACCAGCCGCACAUCCAGCAUCGGAUCGAGUCUAGUGGCAUCGUUGCUUUUUUAUUAGGUGCUGGUAUCUCGUAAUUGCUGAGCAGUUGCUGUGCAUGUCAAGUCAAGCUUC